AUGAAUGUUAAUCAUAAACACUUUCGUCUUCAACGCACACUCGAGAUGAAGAUUGAAGCUGGGAAUGAAGGGAAAAUCGAUUGUUUAUCGAAUGAGAAUCGAAGGCAAUCGAGGAAAAUCGAAGCUCUCGGGAGAAAUAUGGUGGAGUCUCUUGAACAAUUCAAUUUGCAAACAAAAGCUUUUUGUUAUGCUGCUGCCGUUAAAAUGAUGAUGUUAAAAAUUAGUUUUUAA